AUGGAUGCCAUGAGCCGGGCCUUGCGAGGAGCUGCUCGGUCACCGUUCUCCAGUGAAAUUGAACAGACCCUUAUGCCGAGUCAAUUUACACGGCCACCAUUCAAUUCCAGUGAUGGGAAAAUGGAUCUUGUGGAGUACGUCAGUCAUUAUAUCCACAUGAUGUCCUUACAUGCACACAAUGAUGCGCUGAUGUGUAAGGUAUUCCCCUUUAGUCUCGGCUCCACGGCCUUGAGAUGGUUCAACGGGUUACGAAAAGGUUCCAUUCGCAGCUUCUCCGAGCUGAUCCAAGAGUUCGGCACUAGAUUUGUGAUGUGCAGCCGAGUGCUGCAACCGAUGGAUGCGUUACUUUCCAUAAAAAUGAGGGUCGGUGAAACCCUUCGGAGUUAUGCCAGUCGAUAUUGGGAACUCUACAAUGAGAUCGGUAGGGGAAAUGAGAAGAUAGCGGCAAGCACCUUCAAGAUGGGGCUUCCCGAGGAUUCUGAACUACAAGAGUCGCUGACGAAAAGACCUCCCGAGGAUAUGAGGCAACUUAUGAGGCGUAUUGAGGAGUAUAAGCGUCUCAAAGAUGAUCGGCUACAGAAUAAGGGAAAGGCCCCAUUGCUCAGUAGAUCUCUACAGGGAAUUAUUCUGACAAGAUCAAAAAAGGAUUUCAGGAUACAGGAAUCAGAAGCGCAAAUUGAAGGAGUGAAUGUGGCGUUCAAAGAGCCAGUGCACAAAAUUCUGGAUCGAAUUAAGAACGAGUCGUUCUUCAGGUGGCCGAACAAGAUGGGGGGUGACCCAUCUCGGAGGAAUCAAAACUUGUACUGCACAUACCACAGGGAUAAAGGGCACACCACGAAGUAG